AUGGCGGAGAAAUAUCUAAGCCAGAUCUAUUACGAUCCAGAAAGCCCCACAAGUUUUGGUGGCGUAGAUUCCGUUUAUCGCGCCGUGAAAAACGAAGGGAAAUAUGAGAUAUCGCGGAAUAAAAUACGCCAAUGGUUACAAAAGCAAGAUGCCUAUUCAUUGCAUAAACCUGUCAGAUAUCGCUUCAGGCGUAACCGUGUUAUAGUUGGAGCCAUGGAUGAUGAGUGGGAGGCAGAUUUAGUCAUUAUGGAUUCAUUAAGUCAACAGAAUAAUGGGUACAAGUACGUUUUAACUGUUAUUGAUGUACUCAGCAAAUAUGCGUGGGUUGAAGUGAUAAAAGCAAAAACUGGGAACAAUCUUGUCAAAGCCUUUGACAAAAUAAUCAAGAAAGGACGCAAACCGAAAAUGUUUCACACUGAUAAGGGGACGGAGUUUAUCAAUAGACAGUUUCAAACCUUUUUGAAGAAACAUGGCAUUCGAUUUUUUACGACGUACAACGAAACCAAGGCAUCAAUUGUCGAAAGGUUUAAUCGCACGCUCAAGACAAAAAUGUGGAAAUACUUUACAGCGAACAAUACGCUCAAGUACGUGGACAUUCUCCAGAAACUGGUCAAAUCUUAUAAUCGUUCUCGACAUCGUAGUAUUG